ACCAAGGAAAUAUGGGAUAAACUUGAAUGGACAUUGAAAGUUAUAUUGUGUUUUGGUGGUGUUGCCAUCGUGUAUAGCCUUUGAUUGCUAGUAUUUGUAAUGUUUAAUUAUGAUGUAGGGCUUUGCUAUACCAAAAGAGGUACAGAACAAAGUGGUAAAGUUUUCGUUCCACGGACAGCCUGCGGAGCUUAAUCACGGUAGUGUUGUCAUUGCUGCUAUCACGAGCUGCACAAAUACAUCAAACCCUAGUGUCAUGCUGGGGGCUGGCCUAGUUGCAAAAAAGGUUUGUGAACUGGGUCUGCAGGUCAAGUCAUGGAUAAAAACUAGUCUGGCCCCAGGUUAUGGGGUUGUUACAAAAUAUUUACUUCAAAGUGGGCUGCAGAAGUAUUUAAAUGAGCACGGCUUCCAUAUUGUUGGAUGUGGCUGCACAACCUGUAUUGGAAAUUCAGGGGAUUUGGAUGAAUCAGUUGCUUCUGCAAUAUCAGAAAAUGACAUUGUUGCGGCUGCUAUUCUUUCUGGGAACUGAAAUUUUAAGGGUCGUGCUCAUCCCUUGACAAGAGCUAACUACCUUGCCUCUCCUCCUUUAGUGGUUGCUUAUGCCCUUGCUGGGACCGUGGCAUGAAAAUCCAGUUGUGACACUUCACCACUAAGAAGCACUGACACGGAUACGGAUGCGGAAACGGACACGGACACGGAUACUGAUAUGGAUGUGGACACGGACACGGAUGCGGACACAGGACACGACAAUUUCAAAAAAAUGGAGACACGGACACGGUGGGGACAUGACAAUAAAAUAUGUUUUCAUAAAUUUUUAU